UUGGUUUGUGUAUGCUGCCAAAAGUGUAAGCAACAUUUACUGAGCUGCUAUGUGGCAGGCCCUGUGUUUAUUAAAAUUGUAGUUUUUGCUAAUUGACUGUUUUUUGACACAUCCGUCUUGUUCAUCAUUGUCUACCUAGCACCUAGCUUUAGGCUUGCCACAUAUUAUAUUGGCAAUGAAUAUUUGUUGAACAAACAAAUGCACGAAAUGUAAUGAGUAAGACAGGUUUUUGCUUUCAAGUAAAACAUAGUCUGGGGGAAGACGGAAUGUCAGAAUGUGGUGGGUGCUAUAGGAGUAGGUGUUAUCAGAUUCUGAUGCUAUGGAAUAAUAAACUGUUAAAAUAUGUAAUCUUAUGUUUCAGAAGCUAAAGCACAGUAUGGGAACUAUUAGAGGCUUAGAAGGCCUCACUACCCACUAGACUCAGAAGUUGAAUAGUGUCUGAGAAAAAAGAGAAUAGAAGUAACAGUAGAUGAAGAGUCCAGAAGUGAGACCCUUUGAGGACAUAAGGACAGGUGGAAAGACUGCAUCUGUGUGUUGCCAAAGAGUAACAGAGACUGGUAUAGGACUUGAGUUCAAUUCAGUCAUAUCCUUAAGUAUUGUCCCAUCGUGUCUGGAUUACUUUGUAGUAUAAGUAAAUUUCCAAGCAUGGGGAGGAAAGGAGAAGCUCCUUUAUUGAGAAUUCAACUGAAUAUAGAGAAAACUAAUUUUACACAACUGUAAUCACUGUAGUCAUUUGGACAAAUUAGCAAACCCAAGUUUUGCUUUAACUUGGAUUGCCUUAAUAAAGAUGUUUUGGGGUUUAAUGGCACAGUUGCUCAACUCCCCCACUUUAUUCCGUGCUGUUCAGACCCAGCCAGCAUUUCCCCAUCAAGCUCUUGCACCAUGAUUGACAGGGACACUUUUACUAGUCCCCUUGAAGAAUGAAUAGUUACUCAAUGGAGAUUAACCAGAUAUAUAUUUAUUUUACUCGGAAUAUCACGAUAAGUAUAAUUCAGAGAAUUAUUGCCUUCUAAUAUACUGCCCUGUGUGGGGGCGUCUUUGAAAGUCCGCAAAGUCACUGCAAUUCUAAUAGGCCACUCAUGUGACAAGACCUGCUCCCACAUCGGUAAUUUGGCACAGCUAGUAUUUCUCCUUGCCAAAAAGGGCAAAGGCCUUGAGCAAGAAGCCAGCUUUUUCCUGAUUACAAAACUGACCACAAUUCCUCGCCAACCUAACAGCGUAAGUCUAUUUUUUUCUGGUGGUGUGUUAUUCUUCUCAUAGAGAACACCAUUUUUUCAUUAUGACAUAGCACUUAUCGUUUAAACAUCAAUUGAUGUUCAAACAUCAGCUGGUGUAACAUUGCUGCAGUCGCUAUUGAUGGAUAAGCUGAAGUUUUUAAGAAAGCAACCCCGAUGUGUAAAAUUGAAACCAUAUUAAACCCUUCUUCAUUCUCUCAGCUAUUUAAUUUUACAGAAUUUAGAUAGCAGUCAGUAUGAUUUUGGGCUUCACAAAUCAGUAGAGUAAGUACCUUAGGAAUAUAACAUUUCAGUAGCAUGCUGAUACCAACGUUUAAACUAUGGAUACAUAUUUGAAUUCCAAAUUUUUCUUCAAAUAAUGUGAUUAGAGAUUCAACCAGGAAUAGACACCGAAAGAAAACUUUGCCCAAAUAAGCUUUCUGGUAUUUCAUAAGCAAGAGAUUUAAGUUUUCCAUUUAAGAAGCAAUUGUGAAUUUUACAACAAUAAAAAAUGCAAGUGGAUAUUGAACAGUCUCUGCUCUGAUAAUUCUAAAUACAGUACAGUUCACGCCCCUCACAAGACACUGAACAUGUGGGUCACCGGCGAGACAGUGUGGCAAUAUUUUCCCUGUAAUGUACCAAGUCUUGCCAAAGCAGUGAACAUUAUGACACAACUUUUUGUCACAGCUGGCUCCUAAUAGGACAGUGCCAGCCAAUUCAAGCCCAGUCCUUUCUGUGUUUAUUCCCAUCUCUCCCAAAUAUUUGGAAACUGAUGUCUUGACUCAUGGGUGUAUUCACAAAUUCUGUUACUUCAAGUCUUUUUCUUUUAACGGAUUGAUCUUUUGCUAGAUAGAGACAAAAUAUCAGUGUGAAUUACAGCAAACCCCUAUUCCAUGCUGUUAUGGGUGAAACUCUGGGAGAUUCUCCUAUUGACCCAGAAAGCGAUUCCUUCACUGAUACACUGUCUGCAAACAUAUCACAAGAAAUGACCAUGGUUGACACAGAGAUGCCAUUCUGGCCCACCAACUUUGGGAUCAGCUCCGUGGAUCUCUCCGUAAUGGAAGACCACUCCCACUCCUUUGACAUCAAGCCCUUCACUACUGUUGACUUCUCCAGCAUUUCUACUCCACAUUAUGAAGACAUUCCAUUCACAAGAACAGAUCCAAUGGUUGCGGAUUAUAAGUAUGACCUGAAACUUCAAGAGUACCAAAGUGCAAUCAAAGUGGAGCCUGCAUCUCCACCUUAUUAUUCUGAGAAGACUCAGCUCUACAAUAAGCCUCAUGAAGAGCCUUCCAACUCCCUCAUGGCAAUUGAAUGUCGUGUCUGUGGAGAUAAAGCUUCUGGAUUUCACUAUGGAGUUCAUGCUUGUGAAGGAUGCAAGGGUUUCUUCCGGAGAACAAUCAGAUUGAAGCUUAUCUAUGACAGAUGUGAUCUUAACUGUCGGAUCCACAAAAAAAGUAGAAAUAAAUGUCAGUACUGUCGGUUUCAGAAAUGCCUUGCAGUGGGGAUGUCUCAUAAUGCCAUCAGGUUUGGGCGGAUGCCACAGGCCGAGAAGGAGAAGCUGUUGGCGGAGAUCUCCAGUGAUAUCGACCAGCUGAAUCCAGAGUCCGCUGACCUCCGGGCCCUGGCAAAACAUUUGUAUGACUCAUACAUAAAGUCCUUCCCGCUGACCAAAGCAAAGGCGAGGGCGAUCUUGACAGGAAAGACAACAGACAAAUCACCAUUCGUUAUCUAUGACAUGAAUUCCUUAAUGAUGGGAGAAGAUAAAAUCAAGUUCAAACACAUCACCCCCCUGCAGGAGCAGAGCAAAGAGGUGGCCAUCCGCAUCUUUCAGGGCUGCCAGUUUCGCUCCGUGGAGGCUGUGCAGGAGAUCACAGAGUAUGCCAAAAGCAUUCCUGGUUUUGUAAAUCUUGACUUGAACGACCAAGUAACUCUCCUCAAAUAUGGGGUCCACGAGAUCAUUUACACAAUGCUGGCCUCCUUGAUGAAUAAAGAUGGGGUUCUCAUAUCCGAGGGCCAAGGCUUCAUGACAAGGGAGUUUCUAAAGAGCCUGCGAAAGCCUUUUGGUGACUUUAUGGAGCCCAAGUUUGAGUUUGCUGUGAAGUUCAAUGCACUGGAAUUAGAUGACAGCGACUUGGCAAUAUUUAUUGCUGUCAUUAUUCUCAGUGGAGACCGCCCAGGUUUGCUGAAUGUGAAGCCCAUUGAAGACAUUCAAGACAACCUGCUACAAGCCCUGGAGCUCCAGCUGAAGCUGAACCACCCUGAGUCCUCGCAGCUGUUUGCCAAGCUGCUCCAGAAAAUGACAGACCUCAGACAGAUUGUCACGGAACACGUGCAGCUACUGCAGGUGAUCAAGAAGACGGAGACAGACAUGAGUCUUCACCCGCUCCUGCAGGAGAUCUACAAGGACUUGUACUAGCAGAGAGUCCUGAGCCACUGCCAACAUUUCCCUUCUUCCAGUUGCACUAUUCUGAGGGAAAAUCUGACACCUAAGAAAUUUACUGUGAAAAAGCAUUUUAAAAAGAAAAGGUUUUAGAAUAUGAUCUAUUUUAUGCAUAUUGUUUAUAAAGACACAUUUACAAUUUACUUUUAAUAUUAAAAAUUACCAUAUUAUGAAAUUGCUGAUAGUAUUUGAAGACUGAGUCUUGUGUGUUUCCCACCCUAGCCCCCAGGCUUUCUUUUUUACCCCUUUUCCUUCUCCCCUCCCUCCCUCCGUCCCUCUCACUCUUCCUCCCUCCCUUCCCUCCUUUCCUUCUUCCUUUAUUUUUCUUUUCUUUCUUAGACAUUUUAAAAUAUGUGAGUGGAACUGCUGAUACACUUUCAU